AUGUGUUACAACUGGAGUCAUAUAGCAGAUCUUGAACUUUACCUACAUGAUAAUGAGACUGGCAUGGUGACUUGUCAUUGUACCAGAGCAUCCAUAAGUGACAGAGCUUUAUGCAGAUUAGGGUACAAUGCUGAAGAUUCUAGUAAUGCUGAGAGUGAUGGAAAUAACGAUGGCAACUUGACCAAAUCUGAAGAGGAUGAGGAAGGUAAAGAGGAUGAUGAUGUUGAUGCUAAUCAAGAUGACAGAGUUGAGGAGGAGGAGGAAAAAGAAUGUUUAGAUGAAGAAGCAGCUCUUAUGGCAGCCCUUGGCCUACCUACAUCUUUUGGAACAAAACAAGUUUCUUCAAAGCCAAAGACAAAAAAAUCACAUGGACGGAAAAGAAAAAAGCAAAGUAAAAGAAAGAAAAAAUCAACAGAAACAUAUCAGACCAAUUCUUUUGUUGAUAUUGGAGACAUAACAGGCUACAGAGAACUUGAAUUUGAGCCAGCUUGGCACAGUUACUGGGAACAGUAUGGAGAAUAUUUAGUGUGGGAGGGAUGGGUAAAUAAAUAUCCAGAACAAAUAGAGUUUGGAAUGUACUUAGGAGUCCCAUGCAUUGCUGAGGUAGAGAUUGGAGGGGAGGAGAAUGAGCAAGGAGAGAAUGAGCAAGGAGAGAAUUCGUCUGAAGAAAAGGAUGAGCUAGUAGAGAAUGAGCCUCUUACAUUAACUUCAAAAGGAAAUGAUGGUGUUCAAUAUUCUGACACUAAAGAUAAAGUUGAUGAAACUGGAGAAUCUUGUGUAAAUAUUGCAGUGGACAUAUUAAACACAGGAAGCCCCUCAUGUGUUUUGUCCAAGACUUCUAACAGGUAUCAGGAGUCUUAUAAUGCUGCCAUUGAAAAUGUAAUGAAAGAGAGAACCGAGACAGAAAUAGUGAACUGUAAUUUAGAUCAGUCAACUUCAGUCACAGAAAACAUAGCCAAUCAGCAGACAGAGAUGGUGAAUUUGAUGCAUAGCUACUCAUCUUGUGGGCCUUAUCAAAAUGAAAGUGAGGCUGUACCUGAUGUUGGUGAAGAGAAUUCUGGGAUAGAUUGUUGGAAUGAUGGGAGUGAGGUAUCUCAGGAUGAAACAUAUGACCAGGAAAAUUAUGAUGUAGCUUGGCAGGAACUUUGGAAUGAACAUUACACAGAGUUGUAUUGGUUUUACUAUAAUCAGUUCCUUACAGAAUUUAACAAGCUUAGUGUUCAGAAGGACCAAGACAUUGAACCACUUGCAAAAGAUCAGGUCAUAGUUCAGAGCAGGUCAGGUGAUGAUUUAUGUGAGGAGCAGCCAGUGGAGGAUGAAGUGUCUGUUGAUAAGGAGGAGAUAACUGAGGAAGAUGAGGUGGAAGAUGGAUCUGGAGAAGGGAAGAAGAGGAAAGCAGGCCACAGGAAUACACAGCAGUCUGAAGUACAGAAUGUAUCAAGUGUAAGCGGUCAGUCUGGAGGCUCUAACAGCCUAUCUAUGCCAGGGACAGUGUCAGGUGGGACUGGAGAUGGAGGAGAGGAUCCUCCCGAUGAUAAUCCCAGAAAAAUUCCACAAAGUCAUGCUCUAGAUGAUUCCAUUGAUUUUGAAGAGGAUGGCAGGGAAGGAUUAAAAUUCAUGGGAUUUGCACUACCAGACAACAAUGAAGAUGAAACUGGAAGGUCUGUGAAAACUCCCAAAAUGACUGUAGAAAAGAUAGCAUACAGAGAUAAAAAAGCUUACAGGAAAAGCAAGAAAAUGGACAAAGGAAAGCAACCAAAACACUUCUGGUAUGAUGAAAGAGGUGAAAAAUUAACUUUUACAAAGAGUAAAAUGCUAAAUAAAGUGAAACGUUUCCUGGAUAAAGAAGGAAAAUCCUUGGCUGAUGUUGAGACAGAGGAUGAUUUAGUUGUCACACCUGAUGAUGUAAUGGAUGAUGAUAGUUCGGAUUCUUCAUCAUCUUCAGAGGACAUUCCAAUGGGAAAUUUCUCCAAAUCUGAACAAAAAAUGAAUCUAAAAGAGGCCUUGGACUCUCCUAUCGAGAAGGAUGAUUUGUCUUCAACAGAGGUACCUGAUGCAUGUGAAAGAGUAAAUGUGUCAAAAGCAAGUGCCAAUCGCAGGAAAAAGAAGAGGAAGAAAAGGAAGAUGGUGAAGAUGCCUCCAGAGGUGGCCAGCAGUGAGGAUUUAAGGAAGUAUUGGGCUCAGAGAUACAGGCUGUUUUCUAGAUUUGAUGAGGGAAUUAAGCUGGAUAGGGAGGGUUGGUUCUCCGUGACGCCAGAAAAGAUAGCAGAACAUAUAGCAGACAGAUGUCGCUGUGAUGUCAUAGUAGAUGCUUUUUGUGGAGUUGGAGGGAAUGCCAUACAGUUUGCAUUCACUUGUGAAAGAGUAAUAGCAAUAGACAUUGACCGAGAGAGAGUGGCUAUUGCCCAGCACAAUGCCAGGGUUUAUGGUGUGGAGGACAGAAUAGAGUUUAUCAUAGGGGACUACUUCCAUAUUGCUCCAAACCUCAAAGCUGAUGUUGUCUUUUUGAGCCCUCCUUGGGGAGGACCAGAGUACUUGGAGGCAGACGUGUUUGACCUAGAGACCAUGAUUGAACUGAAAUCAUCAGCAAUAUUUUCAGUAGCAAGAAAAAUUACAGACAAUAUAGCAUUUUUUGUACCAAGAAAUGCAAAUGUUGAACAGCUGACCUCAAUGGCUGGUCCAGGAGGAAAGGUAGAAAUAGAGCAGAACAUGCUUAACAAUAAACUAAAGACAAUCACAGCUUACUACGGGGAACUUGUACUGGAGGGGGAGGGGAUUGACGAAGCAGGCCAGGACAUACCGGAAAAUGAAAAAACUGAGCCAACACAAGAAUCAAGGAAUACUGAUGUCUUAUCUGCUGCAUCUAUGGACAAUGGUUUAUCUGUUAACAAUGAGGAUACUACAGAUACUCAGAAUGUUCCUGACAAUAGUUUGUCCAAUGAGGAAAAAGAAGUUUCCAAACCCAGUUGAUUUGCACUGGAAAGUUGUGUAACCUUACAUGUACAAUGUUUCAGAUACCUGUAGAUUUAUACAUGCAAUGUUAAAUGAUA